AUGGUGCUCGUCCUGCACCUCGUGUCGUACAUCGCAGGACUCGCAGGGUUCUGCUUCGCCCUCCUCUCGCUCGCAAACGGACUGCUCUAUGUCGCAGAGGUCAUAGAAGAACACUCGGCAUUCGCAAAGACCGUCGGACAGCGCAUCAUCUACGCAGAGAUCGUCUUGUUCGGACUGCUCUACGUGGUGGAUGGACUGCCGCUCCACCUCGUCGCCGUCGGAGUCGUCGCACACCUCAUCUACCUCCAAAAUUUCUCGCGCCACUGGCCCGUCAUCUCGGUCAAAUCCCUCACCUUCGUCCUCUCCUGCCUGAUCGUCCUCCUCUCGCACUACCUCUCCUUCCGACACUUUUCCUCCCGCUCACUCGCAGCCGCCUCACACCACUCUUAUCCGCGGUAUGACCCGCGCAAGGGCCGGUACGCGAGUCAGGGAGCCCAGACCGAGAGCUUCUUGGAGGUCGCGACCUACUUUGGGGUUUGUGUCUGGCUCGUGCCGUUCUACCUCUUCUUGUCGCUCUCGGCGAACGACAACGUCCUGCCGUCGUCCGGCGAAGGCUCCUCCUCCUCCUCCCGCCGCGCUUCGGCCGCCCCCUCUUCCCCCUCCCUCUCCGUCCCGUCCUCCCAGUCCCGAAGCCCCGACUCGCCAACCCUAGGCCGGCACGCCCGCCACCGUUCCUCAAUGAUGAAAUCCGCCCUCUCCUCGUGCUUCUCCAUCAUCCCCUCCUCCUUACGCCCUUCGACUUUGGCGCAUUCCCUGCCGCUCUCGAAUGCAGGAGCGGGACCGAGGAUGGAUGUCCCGAGGAGUCCGAGUCCGACGUUUGGGUUUCAGCCUUACGCGAGUGCGAAUGGCGGAGCGGGAGGGAGUGUCGAAGCGAGGGAGGCGUAUGCGGCUGGCUCUUCGGGGGUGGCAGCGGCGAAGCAGGGGCGACCGCAUCUCUCUCUUGUCGGUCGGCAGGGGUCGAAUGACCGCUUCCUCCCUGGAGCGGGAGGAGCGGGGGUGAGCAUGUCACCUACCUCUUCACACCACUCCGCCUUCCCUCCCUCCCCUUGCCCUCCCCACCCGCACCACCCAAACCCGAACCCACUCUCAACUUCCCUCCCACCAAGUCUCUCCCUCCACGCUCCCUCCCCCCGCCCAACCUCGGCCUUACCGCCCUCUCUCUCCCCCUCAAAUCCCCGCUUCCCCCUCCCCCUCCCUUCUGCCUCUCCCCAAACCCCCUCCUUCCCACCUGCACCGCGCUCUCAACCCCCUUCGCCCGCUCAAUCGCGCUUCACUCGUCCUCUGCCCGCACAGGGAGGACCGCCCGGGAUGGUGAGGAGACAUACCGCCCAACUCGUGCAGCAACAUACUGCUUCACCGCCGCCUUCUUCUGCGACGGGACAAGGGCAGGGGCUGGGGAGGAGGUCGAGUGAGGCGCAGGGUUUGAGAGGGAGGUUUGUGGGUGCUGGCGGCGAGCAAGGCGGCGGAGGCUAG